AUGCCCUUGCAGGAAAGGAGUCCUGAACUAGAUUGUAAUUACGAUCUUGUCAAUUCAACUGAAAUUUCUGUCACCCCAAUUAAAAGAGAAUGGGUGGAUAUUACGUUGCUGUCGAGAAGCUCCAAUAAUAAUUGGCUUAAAAGAUGGUAUUCCACAUCCAAUACAGGAACUUGGCCCCAACAAUUCCACAGUAUUCAUCAUCUCAUGAAUCACUGUAAUUUACAAUUCGAGUCUUCAGAUCUUACAGCGCCAGCUUUCAAAUUAUUCAAAGAUAUCUAUGCUAAUUUACAAAAACCAUCACAUUCAUACCCUUCACCAAUGUAUCACGUAUAUUUCCUUAAUGACGACGGCAAUCAUAAGGAUGAAAAUGAAACAUUGAUAGAUCAAGAGUCAUCAGUGUCCACAUUUUCCAUAGACAUAAUACCAGCUACGCUCAAUAGGAUUAAUAAAUCAAACCCAAAACUAAUGAAGUCUAUAAAGUUUUACUUUCACACGUUGUGUUUCCUUACAGAUAAAUGUCAACAUUGUGAUAUUGAAGAAUUCGAUUUGGCAAAAUCAUGGAAGAGAAUAAUAGACAACUAUAUCAAUCUUGUCUGUCAAAAUUAUAUUGGAACUUGGUUACAAUGGGUAAAUUUAAUAAAUGAAAAUGGAGGGAAGUAUACUCUUAUCAAUAAUAGAUUGACAGAUUUACUCAAUUUAGUGAUGCGGAAAUUCCAUAAAGUAUAUUUCGUGUACAAAGAUUCAAAAACAUGUACAAUCGAUGAAUUCAAGAAUAAAUUAAUCAAACACAAACAUAAGGUCACUUUCGGUGUUUGGAUAGAUAGUAGAAAUAAAGUCUUAAUUUUGGCAAAUAGUUACCAGAAGAUAACGAUUUCUACCUUAGGACUUUGUAUAGAAAUUAAUCAAUCUGAAUGUUUGGUUAAAAAGUUAUUGCUUUUUGUUAAUUUAGCAAUCAUACAAUGUCUUCGAAACGAACUAUGUUAA